GCCAGGUUUACGAAUACCCUUUGUUUUAAUCAAUUCAACCGCAUUUCAAGACCGACUUCCGAACGAAGACAACCGUUAGAAUCUCCAUCUUUCCUCCCCCUCCUGAACAUGGCUAGAUGAGACUGAUAUCCGCGUACGAGCGCCGCCAAGCGCAUCAUGGCAUGGCAGUCGGGGGCAGGUGGCAGCGGCUUUGGAGGGCCGGCCGCUGGGGAGCCCAACGGCGUCCAAGCCUACACGCUGCAAGGUGUUAUGCGAUUUCUUCAAACGGAAUGGCAUAGGCAUGAACGGGAUCGAAAUGCUUGGGAGAUCGAGCGCGAAGAAAUGAAGAACCGAAUAGCCAUACUUGAAGGGGAGACAAGAACAAGCAAAGCCCUACGCACGUCUCUCGAACGACACGUUAAACUGUUGGAGAUUGCAUUAAAAAAGGAGCGCGAAAAGUCCCGGAAUCAAGCCAGAGGAGAGGUUGUCGAAACACAGAAGGACUCUAAGGAGCUGGCGCGGGAAGAAUUGAAGAGGAUUGGAAAAGAGUCGUUACUGAAAAAUAUCAGCCACCUCGACGCCGAGAUACAUGCAGACAAGCACUUCGGCCAAGGUAUACGACAGGAGAAAGAGCGUGAGAAGUCGAAGAGUUACCUGUCGAAAUGUUCCUCUGAAAUCACGUACCACGUUCUACCCACGAGCCAUGUCCCCCCGGACGUUAACGAUCCUGCGCUUCCAAGCAAUUCGAGUCAUCUCUUUUCAGGGAGGCAACCAUCCCAGCAAGAGCUCCAGGAGGCUUACUUGCAGCUACAGCAGAUCAAGCAGCAGCAGCAGCAACAGCAGCAGCAACAACAUCGGAAUGUUGCUAUGGUUAGAGAAAGUGCUCCUCAACAACACCCACAGUUUGCCGAUCCUACGCCUCUCUCACGCUCAAACACACAGGUCAAUAUUGAAGAGUUGCAAAGAGGCGCGGCAGAAAGAAGGGUUCCCCAGCAAUUCAUCCAAUCCGUCCCCGUUGCGGAGCCGCAAAAGAAUUUCUUCAACGAGCAACCACCGAUUGCUGAAGAUCAAGUGGAAUCCAUCUCCCACUCAUUUGACGCCUACGGCCGCGAAACCUCCUUGAAAGAGCGGCAAAACGCCCAAGUGGUGGAAGAGUCGAAACAGGAUAUCUCCGAUGGAUGGGAUUUCGACGAUGGGCCUCCACCUUCUGAGAAGCCCGCCGAAGCACCGCCACAAUACAGGCCAGAUACGGAGGUCUUCCCAAGCGCGAAUCUCAUCCCCUCCAAAUCCCCGCCUCGGCCUCCUGGAUCACACCGACGGAAAAGCUCAGGGGCACGGCGUAGGAGCGAAGGGAAUAAUGACGUGCGAGACCUUGCCUCAGCAAGAAUCGAUGCCUCCCAGUUCAAAGUUCGGUUUGCUAUGCGGGGACAUCUGGACGUCGUCCGGUCGGUUAUCUUCACAGGAGGCGGCAGUCCAGCGGAACCCGAGUUUUGUACCGCAAGUGAUGAUGGAUGCGUGAAGAGAUGGCACAUUCCGGUAUCCUACGCUCAAGCAGUUUCUGUGGGUGAUGAUCUAGAUCGGACCGCACAUUUCACGCAUCGUGGUCACAUUGGUGCAGUGUGCUCGCUGGCCGCAUGUCCAGCAUCACCAAACUUCUCCAGCGGCGGACGAGCUGCUGGGGACGGUUGGAUAUUCUCUGGCGGCGAAGACGCUACAGUUAAAGUGUGGGAACGCGGGCGGGUGGAUGCAAAAGCAACGUUGGAAGGUCAUAAAGACGCCGUGUGGGCGUUGUGCUGUCUUCCUGGAACGACAGGGACCAUACUUGGCGACCGAUGUUCCCAGUUUGGCGGACCGGAUCGUGUCCUCCUUGCGGCCGGCGGCGCCGACGGCACGAUUCUUAUCUGGGCUGUCAGCACGCCUCCUCAGCUGAGUUCACCUCCUGCUGGAAGUCGAUCGGCACGAGGCAGUCGCAGAGCGAACUCGAUAUCAGCCGGGUCUAAUUUUCCCACCUCGCCGCAGCCUAAUGUGGCCAGUACUACGCCCUUCAACUACUGCUUGGUACACAGAAUAGAAAGAGCGGACAAGCCGGCACCAACUUCUAUUUCGCCUUUGGGCCCUCGGGGAGACAGCUUCGUUGUAGGCUAUACCGACGCCAGCAUUCUGAUCUUCGAUACGCGGACGGGCGAGGAAAUUGUCGGCAUGGCUAGCCAGGAAACCUACGACGGAACCCGCAACACCGGGGUCAAUGCUGUGGUUGCUAGUAGCACGGGAUUCGACACACGGGAUUCAGUUGCGCCAGGCCGACGCGGUUCAAUGGGCGAAGACGAUGUGGUACACGGCGCCACAGGAUCUGACGAUGGAGUGGAAGGUGUUGUCAUUGCCGGCUAUGAGGACCGUUAUAUUCGGUUCUUUGAUGCUAAUAGCGGCCAAUGCACAUACACCAUGCUCGCACAUCCAUCGGCGAUUUCCUCACUAUCGCUCAGCCCCGACGGCAAGGAACUUGUAUCAGGAGGCCACGACGCCAGUUUACGAUUUUGGUCACUCGAGAAACGGAGCUGUACACAGGAGAUAUCCAGUCAUCGGAUCAUGAGAGGGGAGGGAGUGUGCAGUGUUGUUUGGAGUCCUGACGGGAGAUGGGUCAUCAGCUGUGGCGGAGACGGAGCAGUCAAAGUCUUUUCAAGAACAUGAUUGCGGCGGCGACUGCUGUGGAUUGUUGUUUUUGGUCUGUAGCCAUAUGAUUUGCGAGGCGCGAGGCUGCAUCGAAGCGAGGCAGAGCUGGUCAUGUGUUGCCCAUGUUACCUACUACCACUUGAACUACCUGACCACCGCCGGCCAAUCUAGCAGGAUUCGUCAAAGCCAAACAAAUGUCAAGUUUCAGGGUCAAAUUCAACCACCCGAGUCCACUCAGGCUCAACCGUGGAGACCAUCUCCUUGAUCUACAUUGUAGUUGUCUGAUUGGGAAACCUUUGGUCCGGCGGCACGGGGGGGG